AUGCGAAACAGAAAAAUUUGGCAUGGGACCAGAAAAAAAACUGCAGUUACUGAGUUCAUCCUAGAGGGUGAUCAAAGACUACAGCUAUUUCUCUCUCUGGUCCUUCUGCUCAUCUACCUGACAACAGUGAUGGGGAAUGCGACCAUCAUUUUCCUCAUGUGUAUGGACCACCGCCUGCAAACCUGCAUGUACUUUUUCAUCAGCAACCUGGCCUUCCUGGAGAUCUGGUUUACAUCCUCCACAAGCAUCAAACUCGUUGUGAUCCUGGCUUCUGGGAGGAGAAGAAUCUCCCUAAGCAGCUGCUUUGCCCAAUCCUAUUUCUAUUUUGCCCUGGGCUGCACAGAGUUUGCUCUUCUGGUUGUCAUGUCCUUUGACAUCUACGUUGCCAUCUGCCAGCCUUUGUGUUACGCUGCCAUCAUGAAGCCUCAGCUCUGCAUCCACCUGGUUGUUGCUGCUUGGGUCACAGGCAUCACACUCUUGAGUUACUGUCUGGUCUUCCUCUACACGCUGACUUUCUGUGGCUCCAACAAGAUCCACCACUUUUUUUGUGACAACUUCCCCUUAUUCAAAUUGUCCUGCUCUGACACCAGCCUGCUUUGGAAACUAGACUCUCUUUUAAUACCAUUUGUCAUACUGAGUUCCUUAUGUUUAACUCUGGCAUUUUACAUGGGCAUCCUUCUCUGUAUUCUACACCUUCCAGCAGCCUCUGAGAGGAAAAAAGCUUUUACUACGUGUUCUUCCCAUCUCACCACCUUGGCCAUUGCAUAUGGGAGCUGCAUUGCUCUCUACGUGUGUCCUUCAGAAGAUGUUUCCUUGGAGACAAACAGAAUUGUAGCUUUGCUGAACACUGUCCUCUAUCCAUUCUUAAAUCCAUUCGUCUACAGCCUUAGAAACAAGGCUGUGAUGCUGGCCCUGAACAAAGCCAUUGCCCGUGCAAUAGUACAGCUUUUCCCCUCAUCAUGA